UUUCAUUUCAAAGAGUCUCAGUCAGUGUCAAAACACACGUCAAAAGGGGUCCGACAUCGACAGUUCUUACGGAAUGGAGGAAACUGUGAAUGAAUCUCUGUUGGCUGGGGCUGAGAGCGACUCACUUGAAGGCAUUGAAGCGGCAUUGGCAGCUGGUGCAGACAUUGACUUUAAUCAACUGGAGAACUGGAGCCCAGGCGAGGAUGCAAGCUUAACACCAUGUACGCCGUUGUAUGUUGCCUGCCUCAGGGGGAAUGUAGAUGUAGUGAAACUGCUGCUCCGCAAGGGAGCGUCUGUUGGGAAGAGAGCCUUGGGGGCGUCAGUUCCCCUUCAUGCAGCAGCAUCCAAUGGGCAUACAGAGAUAGUGGAGUUACUGGUGCAUCAUGGUGCAACAGUAGACAUACAGGACCCCUUCAAGAACACACCACUCAUGGUUGCAUGUUACCGCAACCAUGUUGACACAGUUCGGCGACUGAUUGAGUUUGGAGCAAGACCUGAUUUGACUCAGAAGUUGGGGAUAGAAGAUGAAAACCGUGACUUUGCAGAAGAAAGUGUAAAGCUGGUACGAGAGGCGAGGAACUCUAAGCUGUUGAGAUGCUGCAACCCUAAGUGUGGCAAACCAGGCUACAGGAAGACUCUGAAGCGGUGUUCCCAGUGUAAGCUGACCCGCUACUGCAGCCGUGACUGUCAGAUACAACACUGGUCUGUCGGACACAAGAAGUGCUGUGGACAGGACAAGUACAUUGAUGAGGAACCACACCCCAUGGAAAAAGCGGUAGUGUACUUGGUGGAAAAUGACAAACAAAAUGAUUGUCAUUAUUGUGUAAAUCAUACAUGUAGUCGAUCAAUCGACGGUACUGCUCCAACCAUUAACACACGAUGCAUUAUCUACUUGCUCACGAUUGGAGAACGGACUUUUCGUCAAGUGUACAAGUUCUUUGAAAAAUGUUCGUCUAGAAUAGGAUACAACAACACCUUGCAAUUUGCUUCUAUAGGUCCUACGUUGUUGGUAGUUUAUUUGUUACAAUAGUGCUUCAACAUUGUUAUUUUAUUGCAGUACUCUUUUUAUUUACUUAUUCAUCUGAUGUGAUAAAUGUACCAACAGGAUAGAACUUAAAAGGACGUUGAUGUAGGUUAGGCAUCCAGGUAAUAAGAUACUCCGAAAAGUAGUUACUCAAGCAACUGGAUAUGGUUUUGAAAAGGACGCCGAUUUAUUUCCACUUGCAAGUCGCUACUAUAGGACAUGUAUUGUUGAUUGUUCAUAGCUAUGUUCAGCCUAGUACUUCAACAUGCUAUUCUAUUGCAGUGCUCUCUUUAUAUAUCCUCUGAUGU